UCUAAGCGUAGCCCUUGCUGUGUCUUCGUUCAAUGAGCUAACAUUUAACCUUUCUAAUCAUCAAGUGUUCGCGUUUAACGUUCAAACCCUCCCUUCUCGGGCUUGCCACUAACUCCGGUCUGUCAAAUGACUAAACUUCUCUCUUUCUGAGCUGUCCUUUUGCUGCACUUAAAUCUCAGAGUUGGGGAGACAGCAGUCCAGAUGGCUGACCGAUCGCAUUUGAAAAUGUGAAGAGUGUGCAGAUUUGAAGGGAGUGGGGAAAUGGAGACUGUCAAAUGAUAACGCGGUGACGGGGGAGCCGAUAUUUAUUUUUCAAUAAAUGCCAUCAGUCCAGAAAUCUUUUCUGUUGGGAUAUUGCCUUUGCUGAGCUAAGUGAGGUCAUUGUUGCAUAAAACAAAGAACCCAGCCAUUCUGAUCUGCAGAAGUGUAUUUACUCUUUGCAUUCGUGCUGUCAGGAGCCGGGAGAGUCACUUGAGACAGAGUAUUUUGAGCGGUGGGACCUAGUAUCUUAUUUAGAAAGGGAAUUGCCGAAACACUCGGAAAAUGCAGGAAGAGGAGACAGCAAGGACUGAAGACGCUGGAAGCCAGAGUCAACAAAUGUGAAGCACAGUAGGUCAGACAGCCUCAGAGGAGCAGCAAAGUCAUGGUUUCGGACCGAAAUCCAGAGCUUUAAAGUGGCGAUCGAGUGGAUUGUAAUUUUGAGCCGCCGGACCUUCACCCAAGAUCUCCACUCGAUGCAGCUCCUUUGGAUGGAAGUUCACUGAAAAAGAGGGACUGCUCGCUGGGAUCCUGAAGGAGCGACACUUGUGAUCCGGGUGUGACCAGAAAGCCAACACUUUGGAGGUGGGGCAAGCUGUGAACAAGACCAAGGCGCCACAACACGGUGUGAAAGGAUGGAAGAUAUGGCCAGUCAUGGCUGCUAUUUGCUUAUCCUCGGCAUGUUGAUUGGGAUGUUGCUUCAGCCGACUCAGUCCAGUGGUUGGAAUACAGUACCACGCAAAACAGUGCGCCAUAGUGCACUAAAGGAGGUGAAACGCUUCUCCAAACCCAAUGUCUACAAUUACACCACCCUGCGACUAGAUGAAGAUGAACAGAUUCUGUACGUCGGUGCCCGAGAGGCAGUCUUUGCACUUUUAGUGCAUGACGUGACCAAGGAAGUGAAAGAAGCGAUUGUCUGGGACGCCCCAGUUGAGAAGAAAACGGAGUGUGUUCAGAAGGGGAAAAAUAAUCAGACUGACUGCUUCAAUUACAUUCGCUUCCUGCAGAACUUCAACAGUACUCACUUGUAUGUCUGUGGGACCUAUGCUUUUCAGCCUAGGUGCACAUAUAUUGAAGUGCGAAAUUUCACUUUAAACCAAGUGGCCAUGGAGGAUGGGAAAGGCAAGUGCCCUUAUGACCCUGCAAAAAGUCACACCGGUCUAAUUGUGGAUGGGGAGUUAUAUUCUGCAACAUUGAACAACUUCCUUGGCACAGAACCAGUGAUUCUGCGGAACUUGGGGCGUCACUACUCAAUGAAGACGGAAUAUCUUGCUUCCUGGCUCAAUGAACCAAACUUUGUUGGCUCUGCGUACAUCCAAGAAAGUGCCAACAGUGCGAUGGGGGACGAUGACAAGAUCUAUUUUUUCUUCAGUGAGAGAGCUGUUGAGUACGACUGUUACAAGGAGCAGGUGGUGGCCAGAGUUGCUCGUGUGUGCAAGGGUGACAUGGGUGGGGCUAGAACUCUUCAGAAAAAAUGGACAACUUUCCUGAAGGCCCGCUUGUUGUGCUCAGUCCCAGAACUACAGCUUCACUUCAACAAGAUCCAGACUGCUUACACACUGAAUGAUGUUACCUGGCAGAAGACUAUGUUCUUUGGUAUCUUCCAGGCACAAUGGGCUGAUGUGGCUGUGUCUGCUAUCUGCCAGUACAAGAUCGAAGACAUUCAGCGUGCCUUCGAUGGACCCUUCAAAGAGUACCGGGACCAGGCACAGAAAUGGGGCCGGUACUCUGACAAAGUGCCGAGUCCCCGGCCUGGAGCUUGCAUCACAAACAACCAUAGGGUGCUUGGUUAUAAUAGUUCACUCGAGUUGCCUGACAACACGCUCAACUUUGCGAAGAAACAUCCACUGAUGGAUGACCUCGUGCAGCCUGUUGGCUACCGGCCUCUACUCAUCCAGAAAAACAUCAACUACACACAGAUCGUGGUGGACAGGGCAGUGGCUGCGAACGGGAAUCAGUACACAACCCUCUUCCUUGGGACAGGAACGGGAUGGCUGCAUAAGGCUGUGAUGAUUGGCUCCCACUUGCACAUUAUUGAAGAGCUCCAGCUAUUUGUGGACCCUCAGCCGAUUGAAACCUUGGCCAUCUCCAAGAAGAAAAAACUCCUGUUUGCUGGAUCUCGCAGUCAGGUUGUUCAGGUGCCAUUUGCAGACUGUGAGAAAUACCGAACCUGUGUGGAUUGUAUCCUGGCAAGGGAUCCAUAUUGUGCCUGGACAAAGUGGGGAUGCACAAGGGUUGAUGAAUCAUCUGGAUUUCUUGAUGUGGAACAGGAUGUUGACUUUGCCAAUGUCAGGAUGUGCCAUGACACUCCAGGUGUCCUGAAGAUCAAGAACUUGACUGUUGUAGCUGGCACCACCAUCCUCCUGCCAUGCCAACUCAUCUCCAACCUGGCUGUGCCCAAGUGGAAAUUCCAACAGCAAGAUUUGGGUCAAAUACCUCAUGGCAACUAUGAAGUUCAGUCUAAAUCUUUGAUAAUAUCAGAUGUACAGUUACAACAGAGUGGCAUUUACUUGUGUUUCUCUGAUGAGAAACAUGAGCCCCUUCUGGUGGGAAAAUACUUGCUGAAUGUUGUUUCCAAUCCUGCCAUGGCACUGGAAAGCAGAGUGGCAGUGAACAAUCUUGGAUUGGUCUGGCUCUGUGCGUUUGUCUUGGGAGUGGUCUGCAUCUGCUUGCUGGGAGUAGUUAUCUAUCUGAACCGAAAGCUCAAGGCGCGGCUGGAAAAAACAGAGGCGACAAAGGAAGUAGACUGUGUUAAUGCUUACCCCACUGACUGCAUCCUGUCAAAAGAGGUGCCCAAGGGUACAAAGUUCAUUCCCAGCCAGACAUCAAGCUCCGAUGAGAAGCUGUGGGAGUCACCUUCGUAUUAUUACUCCGACGGCUCCCUGAAAAUUGUACCUGGCCAUGCCUUGUGCCCGAACGGUAGCUCGCCAUCUCACAAUGGCACUGCUAAUGGUAUUCCUGGGCAGCCCCUGCCCACGGCUGUUCAGUCUCCCACCCGACUCAACCUGGCCAACAUCCGUGGCGCAAACACGAACGGCUACAUUCGGCUGCAGCUUGGAGAAGAUGCAGCGGACCCGUUCUCUGAAGAGUUACGGAAGAAGCUGAAACAGCGCCAAAUGUUGCCCGAUGCGAACCCGGAGGAGUCCUCGGUGUGAGUGAUGGUUGGCUCUCCACGUGGCAUAAGGCUACCUCACCUUUUGUGUAAAUAGGACAAACGAGAAACACACACUGAAUUAUAAACUCAAUGGAGACUAUGUAUAUAUUCCACAAGAUACCACACCUGCUUUUAAAAGAUGAAGAUUUCAAAUUCCGAACUUCACAAAUUCCCAAAACCUAAUGCAGCUAACUUAUCACAUAAUGUCUAUAUACACUGUACAGACCAUGUUUAUCACCAGACUUGGUGUAAAACUGUGAACGGGAUGAGAGGCUCCCAACGGAUGGUCUGUUUCCUGCCUUGUGGUGAUUGCUGUGAUUCGCGGUGGCUGCUGCAUUGCCGUUUGAAUGCAAGAGUGGACCAGAAGUUGCUGCAGUGAAGCCAACGGAAGAUUCUUGGUGUCAAAGUUCCAAGAUCACAGCUUGCGUUGCUGAUACAAACGGUGUUAUGUUGCACCCCACAAGAAGCCUAUUGGCUCUGGUUUUGGAAUGAACUGUGCAAUCUGUCGGGCAUGUAUUCUCUGAUCGUGACUGUUUCUUGUUGAUGUGUACUGCUGGGUGAUCUGCUCAAAUUGUCCAGAUCACCUGCUCCUGAUGGUUAUCAUUGGUGACGAGAAUAACUAGUUUGUACCCAUGGCUCAAUGAUAGAAGUAUGAGUGUGACCUUUGGGUUCAGGCCGCAGAGUCGUGUCUCAGUUUCAUGUUAGAGUCGGCGUGGUUUCUGUGUAAAGUGUGCUAUGAGUUUUGGGAAGGAAUCCAUCAGUAAGUUUGUAUGGUUUCUGUACACAUAUGUGUACAGGAUAUAACAAGAUCAAAUGUGUUUUCAAAGCACACAUUUGAUGGACAUUGAAACCUUGGCACUCGGGUUUCAGUGCAAGAUUAGUGUUUGUUAAAACGUGACUAAGACAUGGAGUUUUAAUUGGCCGUGUAUAGAAUGGGAUAGCUGAGCAGCAUAAUUCAGUGUUUGAUGAUGCCUGCUUGUUUGUUGAGUGGACAGUGCAGGAAUGUGUUGAAGAUAUCAGCCAAGUGAUGCUCUUGAAGUGAUUCCGUAGUUUAUGGGAUGUAUAUGAAAUCAAGGUGAGGAUUGUCGGACAUGUCUUGUUAUCUCUGAAUAAGGCUAUAGCUGUGAACACGAGUGAGGCAGUGUUUCAUACACUGAUCAGACUGAUGUCUGCGAAAAACCUGGAAUGUAGUUGAAGGAGGAGUGAGUUUAGUGCAGACUGGGCACAAAACAGCUGAUCGCUUUGACCAGAAAUAUUGUUUGAAUAUGUGUACGUUGCAGAGAUGUUGAGUAAGUUGGUAGGUGGAAGAGGAAUUCAGUCAAGACCUCUGAAUUAGGCUCACUGAAGGAUUGCUGCGCAGAAUAGGGAGGUGAACAACUGAAUUAGUCCUAUGCGCUUGUUUACUUGUCCAGCAGGGAAGGAAGCAUGAGGAAAAGGUUGAUUUGUUGUCCACAGAGUGCAGGAUGUGUUGGCACCGAAAGGUGUUCAGUUGUUUUGCAGUUGGUAUUCUACUCUAAAAUGUAACUUAUUGAACUCAGCAUGUAAUUUAAGUAUUGUACAGUCUGAAAUAUUUAAAAUAUUUUUAUAUCAAUCAAUUUCAAAAGGAUUAAAGUUAAGUGAAACACA